UAUGGUGGGUCAAUGGUGGACGAAGUUGCUUACCAACCGCGGAAAGUUCCUCCAAUUGGGUCACUUGGGUCCACCUUCAGCUGAAGAAUCUGAUCACUUGUUCAGGUGCCCAUUUCUUAAUUUUCUUAUACAAUUUCACGAGGAAGAGAAGACAGGGAAUUGGUGAACAUGGGCCUGGAAAUCUUGCAACCUAACACUUGCAUUCGUGGUUGUUGUACCAGCCAAAAAAUCCCCAUUCAUCUCCCUCCUCCUUCUUAUUCUCUCUCUCACCCUAUUGCUCGAGGGGCUGAAAGUGUGGUAUAUGAAGCCAUUCUUGAUGGUAAAAGAGUUGCUGCUAAAAAACCAAUCUUGUCCACAUCUGAAGACAUUGAUAAGUUCCAUAAAGAACUGCAAUUAUUGUGCACAUUGGAUCAUUGGGGGAUAGCAAAGCUAGUGGGGGCACACGCCAAGCCGCCAAAUUACAUGUUUUUCUUUGAAUACUAUGAGUCUGGAAAUCUUGCCGGGAAAUUACACGUGGAUGAAUGGAGUCCAAGUAUCAGACAUACACUUGAAAUCGCAGCUCGUUUAGCAAAGGCCUUACAGUACCUACAUAACCUUGGGAUUGUGCACAGGGAUGUGAAACCAGCAAACAUUCUCCUUGAUAGACAGCUACAACCACAUCUCGCGGACUUUGGUUUGGCCGAAUACAAAAAAAAUCUUAAACUAGUUUCCACUGAAAACUGGAAAUCGACUGGCAAGCCAACUGGAGGUUUCCAUAAGAGGAAUAUGGUUGGUACGCUUAUUUACAUGGCACCAGAGGUGCUGACGAAAGAGAUCCACACUGAAAAGUCUGAUGUAUAUAGCUUUGGAAUAACAGUGAAUGAACUUCUUACUGGCAUAGUUCCAUACACUGAUCUUCGUGCUGAGACACAGCAGGCCCAUACGGUGCUUGAAAUGAACUACACCGAGCAGCAACUUACUGCAGCCGUUGUAUCUGAAGGCUUACGACCCGUUCUAGCUGACCUUCAAUCCGGUGCUCCAGCAAGUUUAGUCUCUUUGAUAGAAAGAUGUUGGGAUAAAGAUCCGCAAAAUAGGCCUUCUUUUGAUGAUAUUGUCGUGGAACUUGAUUUCAUUCUGGAACAUGAAGUUCGAAGGGGCUGUAUGGAGAAGGCCUCAGGGGAAGCUUUUAUUUCUUCAAAUGGUGUUGAUGCUGCAAAUUUCCAAAGCUAUCAGGAGAAUAUUAGCUGGUUCAGUCAAGGUAAAGACUUUUUGAAAAGAGUUCCUACUGCCCUUGCUGCUAGCACAUGGCUGGAUUCUUCAGAUGAUCAUAUCUAUAGUCCAGUUCUGUCUUGGGGUUCCUUUGCAUCAUGUGGGAGAAGGGAAACAAUGGAAGAUAGACACUUCCUUAUGCCUCAGUUGUGUGAUGAAAAGGAUAUUCACAUCUUUGCAAUCUUUGAUGGUCAUCGAGGUUCAGCAGCUGCUGAGUUUUCCUCUGGAGCUUUGCCAGGAUUUUUGCAGAAUCUUGGUUCAGUUUGCAGUCCCUCUGAUGCGCUUUUUGAAGCAUUCAUAAAGACAGAUGUUGCAUUCAGGACACAACUUGAUUCUUCUCGCAAACGCAAGGGAGCAGUUCAGAAAGAUUGGCACCCUGGUUGUACUGCAAUAGCUGCUCUUAUCGUCAGAAACAAACUUAUUGUUGCUAAUGCUGGUGAUUGCAGAACAAUCUUGUGUCGAUCUGGGAUCCCAUAUGCUCUAAGUAGGGAUCAUGUUGCAAGUUGUCUUGAGGAGCGGGAACGUAUUAUCCGUGCAGGUGGCCUUGUCAAAUGGCAAGUGGAUACAUGGAGGGUGGGUGAUGCGGCUCUCCAGGUCACAAGGUCUAUCGGCGAUGAUGAUCUGAAGCCAGCUGUAACUGCGGAACCUGAGAUAACUUCAACUACUCUUUCUGCCGAAGAUGAAUACAUUGUAAUGGCGAGUGAUGGGCUUUGGGAUGUUGUUAGUGAGAAAGAUGUAGUGAACAUAAUCAGAGACACAGUGAAAGAAGCAGGAAUGUGUUCAAAGAGGUUAGCGACAGAAGCUGCAGAAAGAGGCAGCAAAGACAAUAUAACUGUUAUUGUUAUUUUCUUACGUCCAGUUUCCACAGCCGAGAGAAUCUAUUAGCUACCUCUGCUUACUUACUGGUAUCAUCAUUCUUUGUAAAUCAAUUCAUCACUAACUUAUUUGGAUCAGUUGAUUAUCUACGCUUUCAGCUUCUCUUUUUGGAAAAAUCUUAAAA